GCGCGCCGCCGCCAGCGCGGUGCGCAGCACGCCGGCGACGGCCGUGUCGACGCGCGCGCCGACGGCCGGCUUCGUCGGCGCCAUCGGCAACACGCCGCUGAUCCGCCUCGAGCGCCUGAGCGCGCGCAUCGGCGCCAACGUGCUCGGCAAGGCCGAGUUCAUGAACCCCGGCGGCAGCGUCAAGGACCGCGCCGCGCUGUACCUCGUCAAGGACGCCGAGGAGAAGGGUGAGUCGCGCAGCAGUGGAGGUGCGAGGCAGGCGCAGCGACGGCGGAGCCAGGUGCAGCGAGGACGACGCACAGCCAGCUGGCUGCCUCGACCCAGUCGCAUCGCAAGCGCAGGAGCACGCGCGGCCGCACCUCAGGCGGUAUGUGCUUGGCUGACUCGCGGCGCAGGCCUCAUCAAGCCCGGCGGCACCGUCGUCGAGGGAACGGCGGGCAACACGGGCAUCGGCCUCGCACACGUGUGCCGCAGCAAGGGCUACAAGUGCGUCAUCUACAUGCCCGACUCGCAGAGCCAGGAGAAGAUCGACCUGCUGCGCAUGCUCGGCGCCGAGGUGCACCCCGUGCCUGCGGUGCCUGUGUCCGACCCGAACAACUACAAUUGGCAGGCGCAGCGGCACGCCGAGUCGCUCGACAACGCCGUGUGGACGAACCAGUUCGACAACCCGUCGGGCAACCGCCGCGCACACAUCGAGACGACGGGCCCCGAGAUCUGGGCGCAGACCGACGGCGGCAAGUUCGACGGCUUCGUGUGCGCCACGGGCACCGGCGGCACGCUCGCCGGCACGGCGCGCUACCUCAAGGAGGCGAGCGACGGGCGCGUCAAGAUCUGGCUCGCCGACCCGCCGGGCUCGGUGCUGCACGCCUACAUCCAGAGCGGCGGCGAGCUGCUCGACCGCUCGGGCGGCAGCAUCACCGAGGGCAUCGGGCAGGGACGCGUGACGGAGAACCUGAAGCCUGACAUCGGCCUCGUCGACGACAGCGUGCGCAUCGAGGACGAGGAGAGCAUCCGCAUGGUGUACGAGUGCCUCGCCGAGGAGGGCCUGUACAUCGGCGCCAGCUCGGCGCUCAACGUCGUCGCGGCGGCAAAGAUGGCCGAGAAGCUCGGGCCCGGCUCGACGGUCGUGACGAUCCUCUGCGACGGCGCCUACCGGUAUCAGCAGCGCCUCUUCAGCCGCAAGUGGCUCGAGAGCAAGAAGCUCGACACGGCCAUCCCCGACCACCUGCAAAAGUACAUCGUGCUGCCAUAGACUGCUGCCGCGGCAGCCAGCACCACGCCUCCUCUUCGCGCGAGUCGGGAGAGAGAGAAUGUGCAUUAGAUACCGCGCCAGAGGGAGAGCGGAUCGGACGCCGGGGAGCAUAGGGCAAGGAGCGUGCGAUGGGAGCGGCCCAUCGAGGAGCAGCAGCGUGCACGAGCUUGACGUGCAUGCGCGACCGGAGCAAGGGUGGCCCGGCUUCACCUGCUGCUGCCGCAGAAGCGGCAUAGCACAGAGCACAUCAGAGCGCAAAGGCGGCCAGCACGGCGGCGCAGACGGCCGCAGCGCUGGGAGCACCGCGCGAGGACCACGC